AUGGCUGCCCUGGGGGACGAGGUGCUCGAUGGUUCCAUGUACCCGGCGUGCGCCCCCUACCCGAGCCCGGAACCGCCCCCGCCGGCGGGGACGGCCGAGGACGGCGGGGACGGAGCGGAGGCGGCUGCCGCGGGGCAGGGGGCGUCGCCGCGGAGCCCCGAGCCGGACAAGGAGCGUCUGCGCUUCCAGUUCUUAGAGCAGAAGUACGGCUAUUAUCACUGCAAGGACUGUAACAUCCGAUGGGAGAGUGCUUACGUGUGGUGUGUACAGGGCACUAACAAGGUUUACUUCAAACAGUUUUGCAGAACUUGUCAGAAGUCUUAUAACCCUUACCGAGUGGAGGAUAUCACCUGUCAAAGCUGUAAACAAACAAGAUGUUCCUGCCCAGUAAAACUUCGCCAUGUGGACCCUAAACGACCCCAUCGUCAAGACUUAUGUGGGAGAUGCAAAGGCAAACGGCUGUCCUGUGACAGCACUUUCAGCUUCAAAUACAUCAUUUAAGUGAAUGUAAAAAACA